AUUCUUCAGUGAUCUGAAAUGGAUUUUUGCUCAAUUUAAUGUUUUUAUCGUAAAUCUCAUGGGGUUUAAGUGUGUGUGUGUGUGUGUGUGAGUGAGCCUCAUCUGGUUUUGGGCUGUUUGUGUUUGAUUCUUCACACCUUUGCUAGUUGACCCUAGUUAGCACUGGUUAACCACUGAAGUUUCUCCGUCUGUCCUUCCCGAAGUCAAAUGAUGAUUGGUUGCGAUUUAAUAAAUGCGCUGCAUUGGAUGGAAAAUGUUUCAGUGACGCCGCAGAGUCGCUGUCAGAGCCGGAAUCAGUCAGUCGAUCAUCCUUCCUGUCGCCGCAGCCGUUGAUCCGGACGCAGCUCGCAGCGGAGGGCGAGGGAUUUUGUUUUUUCGGAAACUUGCGAGCUUUCGAAACGAGCUGAUGCUGAUGCGUCGGGAGCGAGGGGCACGUGGGCGAUGGGGGGAGGCGUGUCAAACACCUUUUCACAAGACAGGAAGAAGAAAAGGAGAGAUAGAAAGAAGAAAGAGAGGAACAAAGAGGUCGAGAUCCCCACCGGAGAGCGUCAAAACCCAAACUUUGAAAGAAGCAGGAGAGCAGGCCGAGAGACGGACAGACGGAUGCUAUGACGCAGACGCCGGUGCAGCUCCUGUCGACGGCGCCCUGCUUCACCAUGAAGGGCCGAACGGUGGCGAUGUCUCCAGGAGAGGACGGUCUAAUCGGGAUCCCCUUCCCGGAGCACAGCAAUGAGCUGCUGUCCCGUCUCAACGCUCAGCGGCGGGCCGGGCUGCUCUGCGACCUCACGCUGACGUCGCGCGGCGCACGAUACCCCACGCACCGCUCCGUCAUGGCCGCCGUCAGCCUGUACUUCCGCCGUCUGUUCGGGGCGGAGGAGGGCGAGGAGGGAGGCGAGGGCGUGGGCGACAGCUGCAGCGUCUGCCAGCUGGACUGCGUAUCGCCCGACGCCCUGGCCGCCCUGCUGGAGUUCGCCUACACCGCCACGCUGACCAUCCGCAGCUCGGGCAUGCGGGAGGUUCUGAAAGGCGCGCAGCUGCUGGGAAUCCAGUGCGUGGCCGACGCCUGCCGAGACAUCCUGGGCGAGACGGGCGACGACGCGACGGACCCCGUGGAAGAGGCCGAGCGGCUGCCGUCCCGCCGCAAGCAGGACCGAUGCUCCGUGGCCCGAGCCUCGUCUCCCGUGAGGCCGGUGUGGCGGAGUCCAAUGGCUCCUGCGUCCGAGGACGCGCCCGAAUGCGGGCUGCUUCCCGCGCAAGGACGAGAAGGACACCCGCCGCCCGCCGCGGGACAGGACGGAGCAGCACGUGCGGCCCACUUGGGGCUGCUCAUGAACGGAGGCUCACACUGGUCGCAGGAGUUCACCCCGAUCCCGCACAGACCCGAAGACACGCCGUCGGAGGAGGAGGAGUCAGGAGCCCAGGGGCGGGCCACGCCCCACCGCAGCCAAUCGCAGGCCGACGGAGGAGUGGGCGGAGCACCGGCCGGAAGCGGCAGGAAGAGAAAAUCUCAGACGCCGCAGCAGUGUCCCGUCUGUCAGAAGAUCAUCCACGGGGCGGGAAAGCUGCCGCGUCACAUGAGAACACACACGGGAGAGAAACCGUUCCAGUGCACGGCGUGCGGCGUACGGUUCACACGGAACGACAAGCUGAAGAUCCACAUGCGGAAGCACACGGGCGAGCGGCCGUAUCCGUGUCCCAGCUGCCCCGCGCGCUUCCUGCACUCGUACGACCUGAAGAACCAUCUUUCUCUGCACAGCGGCGACCGUCCGUUCGAGUGCCCGCUCUGCCACAAGGCUUUCGCCCGCGAGGACCAUCUGCAGCGCCACAGGAAGGGCCACAGCUGCCUGGAGCUCCGGACGCGCCGCCCGCGCCGAGGGAACGGGCCCGAUCCCGGCGGCUCCCCGCCGUCCGAAUCCUUCGGCCUCCGGCAGCAGCUUCCGGAUCACGUGAGCGCCGCGGCCGCCCAGAUCCUCGAGGGCCACGGCGUUCCCGUGCAGGGGGUCCCGCUGCUGGCGGCGACCCGUAUGCCCUACCCGGAGCUGCUGUGGCGGGCGGUCGCGGGGCCGGCGGCAAAAGCCCUGGAUAAAGGCGACGGAAGCUCGUCUCCGCACGGGAGCGCGUCGGUCACGCAUAGAGCGUGGGAGGAGGAAGACGAGGAGCAGGAAGCUGCUGGGGAGGAGGAAGAGUGACCACGCCCAUCUGUGUGUGUGUGUGUGUGCGUGUGCGUGUAUCUGUACUGUAGUCGCAUCGUCUUCUGUUUCUGGUGGAGCUCAUGGAGAAUCACGCAGGGUUGCUCCACUCGUUUGUUUUGUUUGUUAGAUCUGCUUGGUUUCUGUGGUCUGUGGUAUGGGAUUCGUCUUUCGUUUUGUUACGAGGAGCGCCGAGGUCGACGAUGUUCACGCUAUGCAAAAUUCGAACACGAACGAGUGCUUGAACAAACCUGUUUUGAAAACACACAACUGAAUGAAUUCAGAAUGCAGAUGAAGCAGCUAGAGGCGGGAGGGUCGUUUCCUUCCUCCGAACGGCACUCGUCGCCACCUAGAGGCGAGGAUGUGCGGCGGCGCUCGGGUAUCAUGAAGGUGAAUCUACUGAAGAAUUUACUGUAGCUGCUCUUAAAUUUAGCCUUUUCCAAAUAAAAUGAGUUUGGAAUUAUUUUCGAAUGAUAGAAUUUACUUUCAUACCAAAGAUGAUUGGUUAGUUUGAAUUGAGAUGAAUUCUGUGUAUUUUUCAGAUAUUUGUAGCCUUUAAAAUGUUUUCUUUUUCUGUGUCGUCUGAGAGAAAGACUUCGAACGGACCAGGUCUCAGUUCUCACACGUGUAAAAGGGCUUUCGGGACUGCGCGUCAAACGCUCUGAUGGAGAAAGAGCGCGCGGGCCUUGAGAAUCUUCAUGGGUUUUCGUUUACGUUCGUUCUGUUUUCGAGUUCGGGAGGAUGAGCUCGAUUUAAUGCCGAAUUGAGAGAAGGGGUCUAGUUUUCUUUAAAAAAGAAACGGCAGGACGGAGAGAUCUUUUGUAUACUAUUCUAUUUAUUUAUUUGUCGGUUUGAUAUUUAUUGUGACUUUCCUGGUUGAGGCGCUUGGGUUAUUCUGCAUCUUCGCUUCCUUCCUUCCUUCCCUCCUUGAGCCUGGUCUCGGAUCGGUUUUGCCUUUUUUAUCGUAAUGGCCUCAGGUAGAUGCGGCGUGAAGUCUGAUCUCCGGUCAGACGUCAGGUUAUCCCACGUACCGUCGCUGCUCGUGUGCAGACGCACGUGUAAUCGCUCAGGUGCUGUAGAGAACUGAGAUUCAGAUUCGUCCUCUGUUUGCAAGUUUUGCACAUGAAUUUCUGAAUAAAAGUACAAUUCCUCUGAUGACCAGCACAGGACAGACAGAAUGAAUCGAGGAGGAGUCUUGCCUUUUUUGAAGCAAAUACAUAUCUGAGAUAUUUUUGAAAAACAAACCAAAAAAAAAAAAGAUUUGCAUUAUAUGAAAAAUGAGUCAUUAAUGACGUUUAUAUCUAUAGCUUUAGCCGCCUUCCUUUCGCUGCAGGAGCUCUUUGACUUCCUCUAGAAUAUUAAAGCAAUCUAUAAUCUAUAUAAGACGCACACCGACCGAUCGAUCGUGGGAUGCAUUCUGGGUUUUUUAUUGUCUGGUGUAUGUUACUGUACUGCUGACAGUAGGGAAACUACCCAAAGAGGUUUAUUUGCACUAAAAACGGGAUUUUUGUGUUGUGAAAUAUUGUCUUGUUUAUUAGUCACCACUUAUGAUUGUAAAUCCUCAAUUUCUUCAAAAACUUUUUGCGUCUUGAAUAUUAAGUACUUUGCAGAAGUUCUGUUUUUUUUUUCCUUUUUUUUAUGUAAAAGGUCAAGCUGCCUUAGUUUGUUUUAUUUUUUGCAACUAUUCUCAGGAAAUCUUGAGCCAUGCACUAAGUGGUUAUGCAAAUGUUUGGUGAAUAUUAAUUUAUUGUAUAUAUUUGUGCUUGGAAAUAUGAACGCCCUGUUGUUAAGUAAAGUUUCUCUACAUCUGUCUCUUAAAAUGAGUUGUUUAUUCAUUGUUGUGAUUGAAUCUGACUUGUUUUAUAUCAAAAGUAAAGCAAUGAUCGGUUCUGAUUGUGUUUGUGGUGACGGGACGAGGCUCCUGGUGAAAGCCUCCAAUCAGGGAUUUGUUUUCUGUUCAUAGAGUGAAAUCUUUCUCAGCAUGGCAAAUCAUUUCGCAUACUGUACAAAUAAAGAGCAAAUAAA